GGGUGGUCCUGACUGAGAUCUCUUUGCCAUGACGCCGGUUGACUUCCACAAUAAUGCCAAACAAAAUGUGUGAAAAGCAGCAGCGCACUUUUAGCAACACAUGCACAUGAAGGCUAAAGCCUCGUCAAAGCUCCAUCCUUAUUCUUUGAGUUCCUUUUGGAAUGUCGUCAAACCGACAAGAUGUUGCCAUGGCCUGGGGGGGACGAGCGGCGAUGAAGCCGCGGGCUGGGAGUCCGAACAGAGAAGUCGGCGAGGUGCAACGACAAGGUUUUGGUGUCCAGGAGUUUCUCGACGGUUCUAAAUAUGAGGGAGAUUUCGUCGAUGGCCUCAAACACGGCAAGGGAAGGUACAGCUGGCAGAAUGGAGAGUUCUACGAGGGUUCUUUCUACAAAGACUACAGGCACGGCGACGGCGUGUACUGUUGGCCGACGGGCGACAAAUUCAUGGGCAAAUUCUACCUGAAUUGGAGAGAGGGCUACGGACAACAUCUUUUUUCCGACGGAGCCACUUUUAAGGGUUUGUACCACGCCGAUCAAAGGUUUGGUCCCGGUGUGCUCAGUGAACCCGCCGCAGGAUGUCAAGAUGUGGGUCUGUGGCAUGGCAAGCAUCUGAUACAAUUGUGUAACCGUGUCCAGAGCAGCUUCAGCCUAAAAAACCUGACUGAAUACGCUGCCUACUUGGAGCCAAACAUCUUGUCGCAUUCUCACGGCCAGGUAGAGCCGGCGGAUGAGAGCUGGCUGCUUCAUGACCGCAAUAACGCUUUGCCCUGCGGCAUUGAGAAUUAUUCCACAGAUGGAGACCAUCUACCGUUGCCGCCAGGGCGUCGAAGAGAGUUUGACCGCCAUUUCUUUGAGCAGCUGUGGGAAGCCGAUUCUCACACGUACGAAGGUUACAAACGAGAUCCGCAUGACAAUCUGCCCUUACGAGCCCGGAUGCUGGCUCACAUUGGCAAACAUAGAAAACAGGCUGAAACUUUGGACUGGGAUGUUGCGGCAAUCAUUUCAAUGGAGCGGGACAGAUUUGGGCCCAAAGGAAAUUUGGAAAUCACUUCAGAGCUGUUGAUUCAUCAGGCUUCCAUCGGGAAAGGAGCAACCAUUUUGAAUAUUCUCCUGGAUGGCCUGGUUCACCCGGACGUGGCUGAUUCUCAGGGGCACACCGCCCUGAUUGCCGCCACAGUGAACUGCCACAACGAUGUGGUCCAACUGCUGUUAGAUUUGGGCGCCGACAUCGACAAGGUGAAUUCCGAGGGGAUGUCGGCCUUGGCUGUGUGUCACGUACUCUACUAUCCUUUUCAGUCCCUUUACACCUUUGAUGGACUUAUAUCCAAAACACAAAUGGCAUCCACUUCGAUGCGUCAUCAGAUUAGACAGGUGGAGUCGACUAAACGUUCCCCCAACAGUAAAAAAGCCCGAGGGAAAGUGAGAACCCGGAGGGACGACGGCAAGGUAGAAGGCGGCGGCGGCGGCGAUAAGAUAAGAGAGUACCUUGAGGUUGAAGGGGGGAGGGACAAGGAUGACAAAGCAGCAAACGAGGAGAAGGUGCUGCUUUCAGAGCGCUCGGUGGAAGUCAAGGAGGGCCAUAUUGUGCUCGGCAGUGUCAAGUGGAAAGAAUAUUUGUCCAAAAUUGCCAAGGAAAGCAACAAAAAUAUGAAACCGGCGCGUUGUUUUGACUCUGCCUGCUGCAUGUACAGCUACAGCAUCCACGUCAGCGAGAAUGUUCUGCAAGAAGCGGCCGAGGCUCUCAGCCACGCUUGGUUUCAGCAGCAUUCCGAUGAGACUGAGGAGACUGUUCGCAAAAUGGCCGCCAUGAAGUUUGAGCACCGUGUUCGUCUGACCACGCUGAAUCUGCUCUUGGAUCGGGGCGCUGAUCCCAACACUUCCAGAGUGCCGUUACCUGUUAUCUUCCUGGCCAUUUUGGCAGCAGAUACCAAGACUGUCAAGAAACAUCUACUGUGUGGAGCACAAACAGAUAUUUGUCUCCCACCUGAGAGGAAAGGCCUCUAUCCUCUCCACGUAGCUGCAGCGCUGCCCGGUCUGGAAGGUCCCGAAAUCACCAAACUGCUGCUCCACGCACUGACCCAUCCAGAUGCGCGGGCAUGCGACCAGGAUGACAUCUACCAACCGGACAAGGGUUUCACCAUCACUCGCAAAUCGUGGAGAAUGGACGAAAGGCCACGUCCCAAAGAGGGAGGUCGGACGGCGCUGCACAUCGCCUGCCAGAGGGACAGCGAUCACUGUAAUGCCGGCAAGGUGGUAUCGCUCUUGCUCUCCUAUCAUGCCAGCACAGACUUCCUCUGGAGUGGCCAUUCCCCUCUUUCGUUGGCUAUCGCCAGCGGCAAUAACACGGCGGUGGAGGAGCUGUUGAAAGGAGGUGUGGAUCCCAACCUCACUUUGGGCCGUGGCGUGGGGACCGCCCUUUGCGCCCUGGGAAACUUCAACUAUCGUUUGGAUGCCAACCGACCAAAGCUGCUGGACAUGUUGGAGAAGGUCGGCGCGGACAUAUUGAUGCCGGUUCAGGUCGGCGAUACUGUCGGAACGGCGGUGGACUACGCGCACGUCUCCUUCAACCAGGACUCUGGUAUCGCCCACACUCCCUAUCAUGCCCUCAGCAUGGAGGGGAGGGAGAUGUUUAAAAUACAGCGCCAGCUGCUAAGCAUGAUGGGAAGUUUGCUGAAGAAGACUGUUGUCCAGAGAGAAAGGGAGCAUCUCGUACGCAUCGAUAAAGGUGCCAUUUAUUUUGAUGCCAAAAUGGAAGCUCCCACUGGAUUAAAACUAAGGUCACCCUUUAAGUUUUGCUACCAGUGUGGUCGCUCUGCUGCUGUCAAGCUAAGUGCUUGUACUCGCUGCCACAAAGUCUUCUACUGCUCCAUGGCCUGUAAACUUAUAGCGUGGGAUGAGAGGCAUAAGGAAGAGUGUCUGCGCGAGACAGGAUCUGCUCCGGUCACUUUUGAGAAGAGAGUCAUGUUUCAGACCAAAAAAGGACCCGAGACUGUCAUAUUUGCAACAAGAAGACCAUAUCACGUCCAGUUUAUCGAAGACAAUAUCGUAGAGUGGCCAUCUAUCAGCGUGAAUGAAAACUACAGCUACAACUGAUAUACAAAGCACCCACUGCAAAAAUCUAGAGAGAGAUCAAAUAAAACCUUUUUACUUUA